AAAGCCAGAGGUGAAAGUGACUUAUGGUAAACGCAAAGAUGUAACAGAUUUAACUUUAAGUCCUUUACGAGACAAUUCAUUGUUACUUAGAGACGUGACCAACAUUGAAAGUAACUUUAACAAGGAAAAUACCUUAAAUGAGCGCGUAGAAUUUGAUGAACAGAUACAAUCAAAUAGGCGCAUUAUUACUGACAGUUUCUCGACUGUUAAGCUUAAUGAUGAGUGUAUUGAAAUUGGUGCACAUUUCAUAAGACCUAAAAGACGUGUUACAACUGGAUCUGUAUUACCUGCCGUUGAAUUUAAUGAUUCUUAUAUGGGAAAUGUAAAACAAGAAAGAAAUUCUGGGAUAGUAGUAAAACAAAAGUGUAUAGGAGAUUUUUUUAAACCUGUAUCAGUUGAAUUAAAUAACAAUCAACGUAAAAAGAAGAAAAAAUAUGCUACUAUUCCGAGAUUUAAUAAAAUUAAUGAUGAGAAUAGAGAGAAUGCUGAAAAUAAUUUGCAAUCAUCAUCAUCACGGCCUAAAAAACGCGUUAAAAGUUAUGAACAAACUUAUAUUGACAUUGGACAAAAGGAUUUUGGUGCAUAUACAUGUCCGGAAUGUCAAAUGUCGUACGUUCGAGGAGUGCUGGUUGAUGAAACAUUACAUACUAACUUUCAUCGUUUGACUCUUGAAGGAAUUAAAUAUCAUGUAAAUAUAAAUGAAGUUACACUGGAAUCAAUUGCUGAAGUCAAUGGUCGUAUUGUGUUGCUUGUUUAUAAUCAGUCACAUUUCUUUGAAAAACAUAAAAACACUAUUGAAUGGGUCAAUUUGGAACUUGGCGCAGUAAUGUUGACUGAGGAAAAGUUGAAUACGAGCAAAGCUUACUUUUAUAUUGCUAAUAAGUAUGACAUUGUUGGAUUUGCUCUGGCCGUUCAGAUUGAGAAAGCUUAUAAAGUAAUUGUAGAUCCUUCAAGUGACAAAGCUCAAAAUGAAUCUAGUAAAGAUUCGAAAAUGCAUACUGAUACUGAUGUUGGGUCAGGAAUUUUUUGUUGUACAAAUUAUAUUCGUGCUUUUUGUGGAAUUAGUCGCUUAUGGGUUAAAAAAGAUUAUCGGAGGAAAAAAAUUGCGUCAAGGCUACUGGAUCAAGUCAGGAAAAAUUUUAUUUAUGGUUGUGAGCUCAAGCCUAGUGAAGUAGCGUUCUCGCAACCAUCUGGAGAUGGUAAAGCUUUUGCAACUCACUACACAGGAACUCGUGAGUUUUUAGUAUACGCUGAUGAUUAA